AUGGCUGACAUUAUUAAUAAAGCUCGGAUCAGACAACGCUCUGUUGUCAUCACCCAACUUGAUCUUAAGAAUGCCUUCGGCGAAAUCCAUCACAACCUCAUCCAAUCCGUACUUGACUACCACCAUAUCCCUGAUCAUAUAAAAUUUGUUAUAAAAAGUUUAUAUACUGAUUUCCAAACCUCGAUAAUUACCUCUGAAUUCCGCACUCCUUUUAUGACAGUUGGCCGUGGCGUGUUGCAAGGAGAUUGCCUCAGUCCUCUUCUUUUUAACAUGUGCUUCAAUACAUUCGUUCAGCAUAUCAAAGCUGAAAAAUACCGUCAAUUUGGGUUUUCCUUCAAAUUACUAAAUCCCAUCCACUGGUUCCAGUUUGCUGAUGACGCGGCU